AUGGCAAGGUCCAUUUUGUCUUUCAUGGCGACAAUGACGGCAGUGACGUGCUCGGCGGCGUUGCCGACAAUAGGCAGGAGAAUCAAACCAAUGAAAGUCUUGGAAAUACCGGUCUUGGUGACAAUCGAGUCAAUAGAGUCCACGAGGUACUCAGCACAAAAUGCAACGGCAAUAGUCACCACAAACAGCAUGAAAACGGCCUCCACAGGCUCCAGAGUCGACUCGUGCUCGUCCUCGACAACCUCGGCACCAGUAGCAGCAGAAGGUGUCUCUUCAAAGAAUUGA